GUGAAACCACAAACAAGUCACGUCAGAGUCCCACAGAAAGCAGGAAGACAGGUGUAAUGCUUCCCCGCACCCUCCUCCCCCUUUCUCUGCCUGCAGGUACGGAUCAGGCUGCGUGUCCUUACAUGGUGAGCAGGUUUGUUCACAGUGGAGCUUCACUCCAGAACAGAGACGACACCUUUCAUAUGAACCUCGAGCUGCUGACAGUCCCACACAGUGUGCUUCACCUCUGUGACUACUGACACGGAUCUCUACCACAUCUCUGACCAUGACUGAGACCAGUCUCCCCACCAUGGAAACACAUACAUACAAACAAGGGCUCAAUAACGGCCAGCUGAUCUUUGUGCCUCACAAGGACACGAUCCGUCUGCUGGAGGUUUUCGUCAAGCGCAGCCUCAGCGUCAACGAUGGGUCGCUGUCGAGUAAGAGGAAUCAGAGGAAAGAAAAGUGGGUGACAAAAAAAGAGAGACGGCACUCCAGCGACCCGUCCCUUCACUCGGCCGACGGAUUUAGCAAAAUUGGGACCUUUUCUCCAGUCGGACCCUUCACCGCUCUGCCUGACACGUUUCCCAAAGAACCAGAGAAACGGAAGAAAAGGUCAAAGAAGAACAAGAAAUCCUCGUUUUGGAAAAACAUAGUGGGCUUUUUUUCUGGGAAGAACAGCGAGGAUAAAGAUGAGGAGCAGGAGAGCGCUACAGAGCCGUCCAGGGACUCCAUGCUGGAGCCGGCCUCCGAGGCUGCGAUCACCUGCCUGCCCACAGCUCCAGCUGCUUCACUGAAGAAGUCCUCAAGGACAAAGUCCUUAAGAAGAAGGUUCUCGAGGAGGCGCAUGUCUCUGAUAAAACCAAACAGGCCUGGGAAAGAUCUCAUCGCUGCUGACAUCAGUGACUUUGAAGCUGUGACGAGCGUGGAGCCGACGGAAUCGUACUACGAGAAGGUGUCGGAGGAACUGGAAAAGAUUGUCCUGGAGGUGAAAGACAAAGAGGAAGAUCGGGCUCUGUCAAAUGAGGAAGUGAUCAACAGGAUCAUUGCUUUGACAAAGGAGGAGGGUGACGCCAUAGACAACAAGAUGAGGGAUAACCCCACCCUGAACAACUUCUUCCAGGGGAUGUCCUAUUCUUCCUUCCAGAUACUGGCCGACGCUUAUCUGAAGAAGGAGACAACGCCCACCCACAGUCCUCCCACCCUGCUGCCGACAGCGCCCGAGCUGAUCAACCUGGCCUUCACGCUCGACUUCACGGCCAUGGUGGCCGGGCUCUCCAGACAGGACACAAGUUACAUUACAAGACUGGGGAACCGCUAUCUACAGGACAGAUUCGAAUACAAUCAGGCGUGUACAGAUCAUCCAUGGUCCGACACUGACGACUGAAACUCAAGAACAUAACCACACUUCAGCUCGUGGCUCGAGGACGUGUUGCAAGCAUCACUUCCCUUUACAAACUUUUUAAAAAAAGAAGAGCCUCUUGGCAAAACUUUUGAAUCCACGCACAAGCGCAAAUACUUUCCGUUUUCAAACUGAAACUGUUUUUGUACGUGACAACCCUUACGCAACAAGCAGUUGAGCGGCUUUGGAACAUUUCAGCUUGUGUUUUUCCAAGAUGAAGAAGUGUUGACUCAAAGCUUCCACCUGUCGGCUCUGUCCCAGAACACGCUGCAGUAUUUCCCCAUCACGGAGGAACACGGUUCUUCUGUAAUGACACUAAAGAUGUGAUGCUCAAAUCAAACAUUCAAUAACAAUAAGUUUCUGCACAUUGAUUUCGUGAUCAUCCAAAUGAGCAAUUUGAGAACUGUUCAUGUACAUAAGCUGGACCCGUCUGUGCAAUAUGUUUUUACAUUUCUAGGAUUUAGGUAAAGUGUAUUUAAUUAAGCUCAACUACAAUGUGAAAUAACUGUUAAUGUUUGUUGAUAUGAGUGCUGGCAUUCAUAUUAAACAAUAGCUUUUAGUGUAAAUUUA